AUGUCUGCUAUCCGUGCCUUUGCGACCCGUCGCACUCCAUUUGUCUUUGUCCAGCGCGCAGCUUUCUCGCAGUCAACAGUCCGCUCCGCGGGCAAGGAGUCUGCCCUCCACAGCGAAAACCGUGCUGAAGAGAUUGAGAAGAAGAAGCAGGAGCAACUGAAGAACCAAAAGGAGGGCAAGGCAAACUGGGAGGAGCAACUUGCUAGUGACAGCGAGAGCGCUAUCAAAGCAGACCGAUCUGAGACGGGCAAGGACACCCAACAACAGAUCAAGGAGCUCCAAGAAGAGGCCAAGAAGGUCAAGCCCGGCCACUAG